AUGGACGAGCUCUGGCCCUACGAAGUGGAUGCCGGCGACCACUUCGAGACCUCCGCCGAGGCCUUGGCGGAUGUGGCGCCGCUGCUGGCCGCGGCGGCCAAGGCCAGGGACCUGCCGCAAGCGCAGCUGCGGGUCUACGACCCCUACUACUGCAGCGGCCGCGCCAAGAAGCUGUUGAAGGGCCUGGGCUUCCAUCCGGUCCACCGGCGCCGGGAUUUCUACGCGGACAUCGCCAAGGACGCGGUGCCCGACUUCCACGUGCUCCUAACCAACCCGCCCUACAGCGGCGAUCACAAGGGCGAAGCCGGAGCCGGAGCCGCGCGGGUGACGCUGGUGACGCACGGGGAGCUGCGGAGGCUGCAGGACUGUGAGGUGCUGAGCCGGAGAGUGGCCUUCCGGGCAUUGACGAAGCCCUGCUUCGUGGCCACCAAGACAGAGGCAGAGACCCCGGACAUGCUGGACCUCCAGGGUCGCCGGCGCGGGGAGUGGGUCGAGGCCAUUAGCCUGGCACAGGACGCGGAUGCCUUGGUCUGCAAUCUCUUCGCCAUGCCCCCGGUCUUUCACCUCGCAGAACGCCUGCAGGUGCCUUGGCUGUGCUGCUCACCCUGCUUGGUGCCCUACGCCAUGCCCCCGACCUUCGAAGAGGAGAUGGGGAAGGCCAUGCCUGAGCUCUUGGCGCUCUUGCGGGGCCGAGACGGCCGCGCAGGUCCAUGUGACGAGUUCAACUGGUCCGCCGCGAGGGAAUGGCUGUGGCCGGUCUUCACCCAGAGCCACGCCCUUCUGCGAGAGGAGCUGCUGGGUUUAGGUCCGGUGCCCGGCUACGACACCCACGGAGACAAGGACCGUCUGGCGCCAGAGCAACUGAGAGGUGCCCAGCUGUUGCUGGGCCUCCCCCAGGCCUUGCUAUCCGGCGCCGGCAGCUUCGUGCCGAAGGCGGCGAAGCUCUGUGGGCACUGGGCGUGCGGCUCCAGCGGGCCGGAGGAUCCGGACUUGACGGACUUCCUGCAAAACUGCCGUGCCAAGGUCGAAACGGGCCAGCUGUCGGGAUUGCCCAUCUACAUCGGCUUUGGAUCCAUGGGCAAGGAGGGCUUGGUCCCCGAUGCUCCGCAGGUGACCAAGCUACUCUUGGACACUGCCAAGUGGAUGGCACGGCCAGUCAUUCUGAUGCCUUUCGGUCCUGUGGAUGAGCAGCAACUGCGGCACGACGUGUUCUGCUGCAAAGGCGAGGUGUCGCACAGCUGGCUGCUGCCCCAGUGCGGGUUGGCCAUCCACCACGGGGGGGUCGGCACGGUGAUCGCCUGCCUCCGCGCCAACUUGCCGCAGCUGGUGCUGCCCUUGGCCUUCGACCAGCCCUUCUGGGGCAAAACUUUGCAGGACCUGGGCGUGGGGGACGUGGCGGAGCUGGAGGGCGAGGUUCGCGUUUCGGUGCCGGUGCUGGCCCGGAAGCUACGGCAACUGCUGUCACCGGAGGUGGCAGAGGCAGUGCGUCGCGUUGGGUGCCAAGUGGAGGAAGAAGAUGGCCUUCCAACAGCAGUGGAGGAGAUCCGUGCCAUGUUGGACAAGGCAGAGACGCAUGCGCGGAGCUGUUUGAGACCAGUGCAGCGCAUCCAAGUGGAGGGCCUGGAGAUCCUCGGCCGCAGCGCGGGGGAGGUGCAGUUCAUCCACCGGGAGAUCGCGACAGAGCGGUGCUACGGGGACCUGGAGAAGCUCCCGCCGGGCAUCGUCAUUGAUGCCGGCCUGAACCUGGGCCUCUUCUCACUGGUCUUGGCGCGCCAGUGGUCAGGCAGCCAGCUGACGGUCCUGGCCUUCGAGCCGGCAAAAGAGACCUACGACUUGGCGCUGCAGAACCUCCGCCACCAUGGUGUGCGCGUGGUGGACCAUGGCCAAGAAGUGAGCUUUGAGCAUCUCGGAGUCGAUGGCGUUGUGGUGCAUUGCUUCCAGCUGGCGUUGAGUGACCAGGAUGGGGAGGACAGCCUGUGCUACUUUCCGUACCUCACCUCGAGCUCAACGCUUGCCCGGCACCGCCCGGCCAAAGACGCCGCGCAGCAGAGCGGCUGCUUCGACCCCCGGCUGGUGCACAUUUUCUUUGCCGCAGAGCGCAUGGAGCGCGUCGCCUGUGUGCGCCUUGACUCGGUCCUCGCAGCGCUGGAUGCGGCCAAGGGGACUGACGAGGCGCCGGUGGUUCUGCUGAAGUGCGACAUCGAGGGCUCCGAGGAGGAGGCGUUGCUGGGCCUCGGCAAGGCGCUCGCGCGGGUGCAACGUCUGGCGGUGGAGGUGCACGGCGCAGAGGUGCUGAGGCGUCUCCAAAGCUUGCCGUGGCAGGGGGAGAUGUGGUCGCACCCGCAGGAGCUGAUCCCGGACCACUUCAUGGCCUACGGCCUCUCCCCCGGCCUCGAGAAAGACGCCGCCUUCGCCCCGCUCCGGGAGCGGCUCUUGGACUUCAUCCUGCGGCGCCAGAGGCUGAAAGCUGAGGGCUGGUGCGCUCGUACGAGCCCGAAUGCGCUCGUCGAGGAGGUUGCGGAGCCAUUUCUGCUGCUGCUGCCGUCUUGGACUGUGGGCAAGGCAUUCUUCCGCAGCUUCCUGGCAGCGCUGGCAAGCCUCAAGGACGGGCAGAGUGAAGAGGAUGCGGAGGUGUUCUACCUCUGCCGGCGAGGUCCGAAGGGUCGGCCGGAGAAGUAUCACUUCGACCAUGUGCAGGGAGCAGGUCUGUCGCGCUGCCCCUUCUUCGGGCUUUGGAUCUGCGGCGGCUUUGGGAAGGACACCGCGCGCGCGAUGCGGCGAGCCCAACGGGCUGAAGGCUUCUGGGAGCCCGAUGAGACUUGGUAUCCCUGCCGGGUGCGGAACGGCGAGGCUGAGCCCGUUCCAGUGCGCUGGGAGGAUGGGACCAGCAGCGAGUUGCCCAGCAAGCAUUUGCGAGGUCUGCUGCUCUUCCGGGACACCUCGGCCCUGCAGCGCGCGGGGCUGCUGCGGUCCCCGGAGCAGCAGCAGAGACGCCAGGAGCUGAACCCGAAGCAGCGCUUGCGCGCCCAAAGGGCGCGGGAGGCGCGGGAGAGAGCGCAGACCAAGAAGCGCAGGCACCAAUAUGUGCGAGCUGAAGAGGGAGCUGGUGAUGCGGAGCACGAGCCAUCUCCAGAAAGCGCAGAUAGGCCAACUCUUUGUCGGCACUUCUUUUCUGAGCGCGGGUGCUCGCGUGGUGACAAGUGUCGCUUCUCCCACAGAAAACUGGGCGUCCGAGCAGAGAGUGAUUGUGAUUUAGGCAUGGCAACACCGAUUCUUCGACCCGUGGCCAGUUAG